AUGGCCUACAAGAACGUCGCUCUCGUUGGUGCUAGUGGGAACAUUGGUAAGAUCAUUCUCGAGGGAUUGAUCGCCGACGGAGGUUUCAACAUUACUGUUAUCUCUCGCAAAGACAGCUCUGCCACUUUCCCUUCUAGUGUCACUGUUUACAAAUCCGAUUUUUCUGAGGGAGACCUUCAGGCAGCUUUCAAAGGCCAAGAUGCGGUUAUCUCAACCCUUGGUGCAACCGGUUUCGGUGAGCAGAAGAAGCUUGUUGACUCUGCCAUCAGGGCUGGUGUCAAGCGUUUCCUACCUUCUGAAUUUUCCUCCAGCAGUCAGGAUGCUGCUGUUCUUCAGCUGCUUCCUCUCUUUGGUCAGAAGUCGGAAUUAAUUGAGUACCUGAAGUCCAAGCAAUCAGCCGGCUUUUCUUGGACAGGCGUUGCUAGCUCUAUUCUGUUCGACUGGGGCCUUGGCAAUGGCUUCCUUGAGUAUGAUCUUGCCAACAAAACCGCUACCAUCUGGGAUGGCGGUAACAAAAAGUUUACCCUCACUAAUGAAAAGGAUCUUGGAGCAGCCACUGCGGCUGUUCUAAAGAAGCCUGAGGAAACUGCUAACAAGUAUCUCUUUAUCUCCUCUGUUGAGACUACUCAGAACGAGAUCCUUUCUGCUCUAGAGGAGGCAACGGGCACCAAAUGGACAGUCAAUAACACCACUACCAAAGAGCAGGUUGAUGCUGCCCUCCAGAAGUUAGGUGCUGGCGAUUUCAGCGGUGCCCUUGCUCUAGUUCGAGCAACAAGCUACAGUAACACACCUGGCCUCAAGUCCAAUUAUGCCAAGGAUGAAGUUUUAUCCAACGAUCUUCUGGGGCUGAAGCCUACAAGUGUGGUUGAGACUGUUAAACUUGUCGCUGCUUAA